AUGAUGAAGAAAAUUUGGGAAGAAUUGUCACAAUCUAUCAAAUAAGUAUACGAUUAGAUUGAAAAGGAAAACUAAUCCUACUUAAACCUCAUUAAUGAAGACACCAAUUUAGCUGAAUCCUCCUUCACUGAUAUAGAAAAAUUAGUCAACAUUGUAGAAGGAACAACUUUAAUAGAUUGGAAUGCUUCGAAUAAUUCUUAUAUGAAGGAGUUAAAUAAGACCAAGAGCUGGUGGGACCAAAAUAUAAAAGCUUUUAUUGAAAAGUCUAACUAAGGAAUCCAAUAGAUCCAAUCAUUAAUUAAGUAAGUAUUUAUUUAUUAUUGUAGAAUUUCACCUAACCAAGAAGAAGAAUCAAAAGAAGUAUAUUAAAUGAAGGAAGAUCUUUAUGAGAUGCUAAUCUACAUCCAGGAUAUGGAUGAAACUCUCUAUUAGAAGAUUCUUGAUAUACUUAGAAAAGAGAAAGUUUCAGACAUUAUUGGAUUCCUGUCAAUAACAAACAAUCAUCAGUUUUAUGAAUCUUUAAACUAUAAGUAAGAGAAGAUAAAGGAGAUCAAGAAGUAAGUAAAGAAAAUAACUAAUGUCUUGAUAAAUCUUUAGGAUCAUCAAUAUAAUAAAGAUGACUAUUCUCAAGAGUAAUAUGAAUAGGAAAGAUAGAAUCUGAUCAAGAGAUUGAAAGAUAACAAAGGGAUAACAGAUUUUAUCAAAUUUUUAGUGCGACUAGCAGGCAUAGAUGUAAAAUUUAUUCAAUAUGGAUCAAAUGGGCUUAGUUUAUUAGUGGCGAUGAAGAUUGAUCUUAGAAACCAAUCAUUUGAAAAUAUCAGGAUCAAGAAUACUUCUUUAAUUGGAGGUAAUUUUGUACGAAGCAACUUGAGUGAAUCAUAGUUUGAAAAUAUUGAAAUCAGUGGAUUGAAUUUGAAUGGUGCUUAAUUAUUCAAUUGUAAAUGGAAGAACAUUAAGAUCCAUGAAUUGAAUAAAUUCAAUGGUCAUGAUGGACCUGUUUCAUCAGUUUGUUUCUCUCCUGAUGGAAAAACUUUAGCAUCUGCAGGUGGUAGUAUUUAUAGAGAUGGUGAUUGUACUAUCCGUCUUUGGGAUGUCAAAACAGGAAAAUAAAAAGCCUAAUUAGAUGGUCAUGAUAAUGAAAUUAUGUCAGUCUGUUUCUCUCCUGAUGGAAAUACAUUAGCUUUUGGUAGUUGGGAUUAUUCUAUCCGUCUAUAGGAUGUCAAAACAGGAUAAUAAAAAGCCAAAUUAGAUGGUCAUGAUAAUGAAAUUAUGUCAGUCUGUUUCUCUCCUGAUGGAAAUACAUUAGCUUCUGGUAGUAGUGAUAACUCUAUCCGCCUCUAGGAUGUAAAGACAGGUUAAGAAAUUAAAUCCUCUGAUAAAAACUACAAAGAUAUUCUUGCAUUAUUUAAGACUCCACUCCAAUAACAUAGCCAUAUUUCCGAAGGUAGUAUUUAUUCCCUAUCAUAUUGUUAGCCUCCAAUUACAUCACUACACUACUUAUAUUUCAAGAAGCAAUAUUUCAAGCUAAAGGAGCUUUAAUUCUGAAAGGAGAGUUUAUAAAUCAAUCCGGUAUAGAUUUAAAGACUUUGUUUAAAUAAAAAGGAAGUUGCUUUUUGGAAAAUAUAAAAAUUUUCAACUAAAAGAAAAAAAAGAUUGUAUUGUAUAAUGAAAAUUAUUGA